GAUCCACCUCCACCCGUCAUACCGCCGCCACCGCCGCUGCUGCUCCUGCUGCUAACAGCAUGGUACCGGGGAGCCGGUCGUCAAGUCAAGGCACGUCUACCAACCCAACCGCCCGGCUCUCCCCGCGCCCUCCGCGCUCUCCUCACCCUCGCCCUCCUCUCUCCCCUGCAGCUGCAAUCUCACCUGGAUUGACCAGAGGAGCCACUACGACCCCUGUAACUACUGACGUGCCUGCAGCGGCAGCCAUGCCAAAGUGUCAGCGCCAUCCAGCUUCCCCCACCCCAGCACUCGGACGGCAACCCUCGUCUCCCACCCCCACGCCUGGGCGGCAGUCAACGUCUCCCAACCCCACACCUGGGUGGCAAUCUUUGUCCCUGGACCCCCCGGCUGGGUGGCAGCCGUCGUCCCCCACGCCCGUGCGCAGCCCGCAUGCGCAGCUGAUCCAGCGGCGGGCGGCGGAGGCCAAGGAACGGCAGGCGCAGAUGGACGAGGCGUGGGGGGCGCUGCUGGCGCACGACGACCACCCUGAUGCUGCUGCUGCUGCUGCUGCUGCUGCUGCGCCUCCCCCUGUGGCGGCAGCGCAUUCUGCCUCCCCUGGCAGCGGCGGGUCAAACGAGCAGCGAACUGUGUCACCUCCCGCUUCUCCCUCCACCUCCACCACUGGGGGCACUGCAACCACUCCAACCUCUGUGAUUGGCGGUGACCAGGCAGUGGGCGAGCCUGCUGCAGACCCGUUGACGCCGAAGCCGGGGCCGGGGCAGGGGCAGCAGCAAACAACUUUGUCUCAGAGCAGCAGCCCCAAGUGGGGUGCUUCCUGGAAGCAUCUGCUGGGGUCGGGGAGGCGCCUCAAGGGGUGGAGCAGCAGCGGCGUUGUGACAAUGAGGGAUGGUGACAGUAACGAGUUGGCUGCGCGACACAACAGCUUGGGUGCCGCCGGGUCGGGUGCGCGCCGCAACAGUAUUGGAAGCCAGGAUCAUGCGAGAACCGGCGGAAGCCUGCCACGUGGCUCGGUGACAUCAGCAGGGAGCAGCAGGAGGGGGAUGUGUCGGUCCUUGUCUCUCAGUGACGGCUUGCUGGCGGCUGCUGCUGCUAACAUUGCGGGAGUUGACGCACAUGAAGCCGAUGCUUCAGACGAACCCUCCGCCGAGCCAUUGCCAGUAUGUCCUACUCCUCUCAAGGCGCAUGCCGCCUCGCUGGGCGGCCCGAAUCCGUCACCUGACGGGUCGGAGUCACCUGACAGCCCGCGUGUCCCUCUGGGCCCCUUUGACUGCCCCGCCCUGCAAGCGCCACCUGAAUCUGCCGCGGAUGGACCGACAAUGGGGAUGGGGGCAGAUGAGGCGUUGAGUGGGACGAGGACGGGAGCGGAUGAAGGGGUGAGUGGGACGACGACAGGAGCAGGUGGAAUCUUCACUGGGAAGAUGACGCGGAGUGGCAGCAGAACUGCACACUUGGCCGAUGGUAUGGACUCCAUUGCUGAUUUCCGCACGCGGGACAGCAUGGCUCAAGGCAGUCCAGCCUUCGGCAGCUCACCGGAGUUCGCCAUCUACUCGUGUCCCAUUCCCAGUCUUCCCAGUCCGGAGUAUGCAGCUGCAGGCUCUGCCAGCCAAUCAGCGCCUCUCAGAGGGCACAGUGGGAACCCCCGCGGGGGUCUGUGCAGGAGAGGCACGCCGCGGGUGGUCUCGUCCUCCUCCUCGUGCUCCGACCUGCAGCACCUGCAAUCAACGGCUGCUCGAGCCUCGGCUCUGCAAGCGUCUCCUCCCGCACCUCCUCUCACUGCUCUCCACUCCGCGGCAACACUCCCGCCCCGCUCUGAUUCGUCGCCUGCGAUGAUAGGUCACCCCAAGGACGGGCGGAGUCUGAACGGGUACCCCAAGAGAGGGCCGCUGCUGCGAAUGCUCUCAGCGUCGUGCUCCGAUCUGCAGCACCUGCAAGCAGUGGCCCUCCCCGCUCCUCCCCUCGCUCCUGCUCCCAGAGCUCCCCUCAGAUCUCCCCUCACAGUUGCCCUCACCGUUGCUGCCACCGCUCCCCCCACCGCUCCCCUCGCCUCGCCUCCCCACACAGUUGCCCCCGCGGCUGCACUCCCCCCCUCCUCCCCACAGGACGAAACACGCCGCUCCUGGGGAUCUCGUCCUCCUGCCCUGACCUGGAGAGGCUGACGAAGGCUUGUUCAGAACUG